CAUUGCAUAUUUCUUUUGUUCUUGCAAUAAAAUACUUUCAAAUAAUCUGUUCUAGGUAUGAAGAGUACAGACUGCAAUGCGAAUUGCAGUCAACAGCCAACACUUGUGACAUCACAGCUCCAUGACCCUACAAUUAACCUCCAGCAGAGGUAUCAGCCUGCAAAGGACAUUGACAAGGUUUGUCUCACUGAUGUACCACAGGUUCCAUCAGAGUAUCAGAGCCGCCAAACCCCUGAAUGUGACAAUGGAACACCUGCGACACGUCACCUGACAGAGCAUCUGCAGCCACGUGCUCAGCCUGUGAAGGUAUAUGAUGAGCUGUCUCUCACUCCUUCUGUAACACUUCACUCAAGACACGGCUGCAGCAAGAGCUCUGAACGUGGCACAGUUGAGAGAUUCCAUGUAUGGAAAAAAACACACAAGUGUGCUGAAUGCAAUAAGUCUUUCACAUGUGCCAGUAGCCUGAAAAAGCAUCAAGUCAUUCACACAGGACUGAAACCAUAUAAAUGUACUGAAUGCUGUAAGUGCUUCACAUAUCUCAGAAGUCUUCAGGUACACUGUGCCACUCACACAGGCAUGAAACAACAUAAAUGUACAGAAUGCAAUAAGUCUUUCACAUGUCCCAGUAACCUGAAACAUCAUCAAGCCAUUCACACAGGAUUGAAACCAUAUAAAUGUACUGAAUGCAGUAAGUGUUUUGCAUGGGUAGGCAAUCUUAAACAGCAUCGUGUCAUUCACACAGGAUUGAAACCAUAUAAAUGUACUGAAUGCAAUAAGUGUUUCACACAUGCCAGUAAGCUGAAAAAUCAUCAAGCCAUUCACACAGAAUUGAAACCAUAUAAAUGUACUGAAUGCAGUAAGUGUUUCACACGGCUAGGCAGUCUUCAACAGCAUCUUGUCAUUCACACAGGAUUGAAACCAUAUAAAUGUACUGAAUGCAGUAAGUGUUUCACACAUGCCAGUAACCUGAAAAAUCAUCAAGCCAUUCACACAGGAUUGAAACCAUAUAAAUGUACUGAAUGCAGUAAGUGUUUCACACAGCUAGGCAGUCUUCAACAGCAUCUUGUCAUUCACACAGGAUUGAAACCAUAUAAAUGUACUGAAUGCAGUAAGUCUUUCACACGGCUAGGCAGUCUUCAACAGCAUCUUGUCAUUCAUACAGGAUUGAAACCAUAUAAAUGUACUGAAUGCAGUAAGUGUUUUGCAUGGGUAGGGAAUCUUCAACAGCAUCUUGUCAUUCACACAGGAUUGAAACCAUAUAAAUGUACUGAAUGCAAUAAGUGUUUCACACAGCUAGGCAGUCUUCGACAGCAUUAUGCCAUUCAUACAGGAUUGAAACCAUAUAAAUGUACUGAAUGCAAUAAGUCUUUCAACUGUGCUAGUGGCCUGAAAAAGCAUCAAGCCCAUUCACACAGGAUUGAGCAUUGAGUUCCUAAUGGAGAGAUGAAAAUUCAGCAAGCAAAGGAGUAAUAGUGCUGAAGUUGAAUUUAUCCUCAAGUCUUGGUGAGUACCUUCGUGAGGUGGACCCUGUUUUUUUUUACAAAAUCUCACUAAGGACACACUGAUAUAUAGACUGUAUUUGUAUAGCAUAUAUCAUGGACAGAAGUAAGUCAAAAACAAAAAAGACAGCUGGCUGCACAAAUCCCAGGAUAAAAAAGCACCCACUCCUGGUAGGCACACCGGUACCAGGACUGGAAAAAAUGACAGUGUAGAAUCCUCAAAAUCUGGAAAUAUUCCUACAAUGGGGCCAGGCCAGGCCCAGAGGAAGGAUGGCCCUCCUUGUAGAAGGAAGUCGCAGUCCACAAAAAAUCACAAAAACCAAUAGGCCAAAGAAGAGCCAUAAAGACAAUAGAGUGGACUGUUGAGGAUAAG